AUGCUUGUGCCGAGAGCAGCUCCCACUGUCACGCACCUGUCAACCCAUCACAGCCUCCCCGGGAACAGCCCCGUCCCCAUGGCGACCCACGCAGCCACCCCCACCAUUGGCCGCCCCACGCCAGAGCUCCGCCCUCCUCGCCCUGGCAACAAGGAUUUUAAACAACUGGCUGUUCCCUCCGCCGCCGCCCCGCCCCCCGCGCCGCCCGCGCCCGGCUCCUCACUGGAGAGAAGGCGCGGGGAGGAGGGGAAAGUGCGGCCUGGAGUGCCUGGCUGCGACUGCGGAACGGGAGUCGCCGCGGCCCCAGACUCCGGGGCGCCCCGCGAGUCCGCAGACAGCCCCGGCCCGCGGCCCCAGCCCGGGGGGAGGUCUCCAGGCUCCUCUCCCGCUCCCCUCCGGCCUGACACCCCGCGCGGGUACCCCGGAUCGACCUCAUCCCCACUCUCCAGGUGUCGCCUCCCGCCCCGCUCCCCGAGGGCCAGCAGGCCGGGGGCGCCCGCUCCGAAGCCUCGACCUUGUGGCCGAGGGACUGAGAGGCUCCCCUCCCUGCCCGGGGACGCACUGCACCCCGAUCGCCCGCCCUGGCGGUGUCGCCGGCUGAAGCGAGCCCUGUGUCCCAAGAGAGCACCCUGCCUAAUGUCGGCCUCCUUUCUUGAGGGCAGCACACCCCCAAAGAGGCCGAGCGACCGACCCCUGGGACCACCGUGGCCCGCGCCAGGCCUGGGUCCCUUCCUCGUCCGGACUCUGCCCAGGUCUGCGGCAGACCCGGGGCCCAGGCAGUCUCCUCUAGGCCAGUUUUAACAGUUUGGGUGGGCAAUGUCAUUUCAGUCUGACCCCUGGACUGGAAAGAAUCAGAGAAGGCCCUGGAAGACGUCCCUGUACUUGGCCGGCGGAAGAGGCCGCCAAGCUCAAGUGGUGGCUGAGAUACGGCUUGCAAGUUCUCCCCUCUGGUUCUAAUAACCUACAGAGAUUCAGUGUUGGGAACAUUACAUUCGUGGACUGGGAAGAACUGGGAGAAACGAGACUGGGCCAGCCAGCAAUCCUCUCUGACAAAAAAACUUGAUCCAAAGGCUCAGAUGUGUAUAAAGUUGCUGCCAUUUGCAAACACUGCCUCCAAAGCUAGCUUGUGGAAUUGUUAUCCAAUUAUCUUCUAUCAGCUUUACCCCAGAAAAUGUUUACCCUCUCAAGGCUCUGUUACCCAUACAACACUGCAUAUAUGAUGUUGCCCAGAUAUGGUCAGGAAGAGACCUCUGGCAACUGCUGAACUACUUUUAGGUCCACAACUAUGUCAAAACAUUUUACUAAAAAAAGGUGGUGAGCCUCACAAGGACCUAUGUCCCUAACCUUGUCUCUUCUAUUUCCUGCCAGUUAGACUAUUGUAUCAUACUGAAAUGCAGUCACCACCUAUGUCAAGAAUAAAAGAUAGAGGCCAUCAUUGGCCAAGUGUGCUGUUACUUGGGGGGCAUAGGACACUCUUUAAGAAAAAACAAAAAGCCUUGCCAGGUAACUUUCCCAUGAAAAACAAAAAUGGGCUUGGUCUGUGAAAACAAAGAACAAACUGGUGUUAAGAUCCUCUUAUCUGUGCAUAUUUGCUUGCAGAAUGACCGAAUCAGCCAAUCCAAGCUUAAAGCAAGACUUUUAGGCUGUGGUGGUAUAUUGCAGAUGACCCUUCUCCUAUAAGGCACUCAGUUUUCCUUAGAGUGUACUUGACUCUACCUCCACGCUAAGCGUUGUUAACAGGAUAGCAAUGUAUGGUCGUGUGUGUUAUGUUCUGAUAACACAGGACCACAAAGGAGUUGCAGCUUGCCUUGAUGUGUCCUAAAGAGAAAAGAAAAUGAAGAAGGAAAAUUGGAGACAUUACUGUCUGUUGCUGUAAUUCGUUCAUCUGAUUGGUUUUUACCCACCUUUGUUACAUUAGGAAAGUCCUGUGGGUAAUGGCAUGUUUUCUGAUAUUUAUAAACUAAAUAACAGAGCUGCACAAUAAGAUAUAGGAUUCAGAACAAUUUGGUCAUUAUAUCUUGGAAGAAUAAAAUGUUAAAAGGUCUUAGUACAAGACUUGCCAAAUUAAUGCCAGUUACCAGUACAAAAGUGUUAGCAUCCAAGAGAUGUAAGUGACUUUUAUAUGUAUACAUGCCUAUAUACGGUGACCUCGGAGCUUAAGUAACCAAAUCAAUUAUCAUUAAAACCUCUCAGCAGCUACCUGAGCCAUCACUGCACUACUUCUCUCUUAAUGUUUACGCAUGUAAAUAAAAUGCAUCUGUGCCCUUGUUCAAGUGA